AUGAACAAUACGUUUUCUUAUCUAAACUAUUCUGCAAAUUUUCACUCCAAUAGAGCUGGAGGACAAGAGCAUGGAUCAUCAUCCGUCCUUGUGGGAGGCGACCCAAGGUCCAGUCGCCCGACUCGUCCCUGUGCUGCUCUUUUGCCCUCAAGGAUUGAACCCCGAGACUACUUCGAACAGAGCUUAAACAACCUGAUUGAGGAGAUCACUCAGGACAACCGUCAAGGGCCUCCUCCGGCUCCCGAAUCUGCCAGAGACAAUCCCAAGAGUGGAGAUGGAAACAGCUCACUUGGCUCGUAA